AUGAUGACCAUUGAAUUGGCUCCCAAAAUUAGGUUAGGUACCCAAUCGAGAACUGAAUUGACUCCCAAGACAGGUGGAUAUUUUAAACUUAAGACAUUUUUAUCAUCAUCAACUGCUAGAAUUGACACAUCAUUAGAUAAACAAAGAAAAAUAGAUAUUCAAUUACAUAAUGAAAAAGCAGCAAAAAAUAGAGAAAUAUUAAAAAGAUUAAUAAAUGCAAUAUGUUUUUUAGCUAAACAGGAAUUAUCUUUUAGGGGACAUAAUGAAAACAAAUAUUCAGUAAAUAGGGGAAACUAUAUGGAGUUAUUGAUUUCCACCCAAGAAUUUGAUCCAUUAUUACAAGAGCAUUUAUAUACAUCUACUAUUUUUCGAGAUACUUCUGUUUCCAUACAAAAUGAUUUAAUAAAUUCAAUUGCUGAUGUUAUUAAACAUGAGAUAUUUAAUGAAAUUCAAAAUACACAAUACGUGGCAAUUAUGCUUGAUGAAACAACUGAUAUUAGUAAUAAAUCACAACUAUCGACAGUACUGAAAUAUUUUUCAAAAAACGAAAACAAAAUUGUUGAACGUUUUCUUGGAUUUGAUGACAUGAGUGCUGACAAAACAGCAACCUCUUUAUUUAAACACGUUAAUCGAGUAGUUGAAAAAUUUAAAAUUGAAAACAAAUUAGUGGCACAAACAUAUGACGGGGCAGCAGUAAUGUCUGGCCAUUUAAACGGGUUGCAAAGUAAAGUAUUAGAGAAAUAUCCUAAAGCUAUAUUUACUCAUUGUUAUGCGCGUGUUAUUAAUUUAAUACUUCAACAAUCAUUAGAAUGCAAUAAGGAACUUAAAAUUUUUUUUCAAGGUCUUAACUCUUUACCUGUAUUUUUUUCUCACUCUCCUAAAAGACUAAAAGCACUUUCAGAAUUUAUGACCAAAAAGUUACCCACAUUAGCUACUACUCGUUGGAACUUACUUCACAAUUAUCAAAAAAUACUUGAUUUUCAAAACCAAUUAUACCAAGAAAGCGAAAAUUUUGAUACUUUAUGGGCAUCAUUUACUGAAAAUGCUAACGAACUUUUUUACACCUUAAAGGAAUCAUCCGAUAAAAGCUCUAUUGAAAUUAUGAAUUAUCUUUCUGAAAUGAGCUUAAACAGUGGAUUUUCCGAGGUGUAUAAGUUGGCUCAAUUAAUAUCUACUAUACCAACAUCAACCGCUUCAGUGGAGAGAUCAUUUUCAUCUUUAAAAAGAAUCCAUACAUAUUGUCGCUCAACUCAAACACAAGAAAGAAUGAACAGCUUAAAUGUAAUAUCAAUAGAAAAAGAAUUGGUUUUCAAAUUAAGAGCAAACAGAAAUAAAUUUUAUGAAGAUGUUAUAAACAAAUUUACUGAAAAAGAGGGAAGAAUCGAAUUUGAAUUCAAAUAA